AUGAGUAAGAAACGUGAAGUAUUCAUCAUCGACGAUGGACCUACUCAUCUCGUCACGAACAAGUUUCCUGAUCAGGCGGUACCGACAACAGUGAUGAGUAAAUUUGUUUCAGUAGAGUGUACGAGUAGUCCAAUUGUCGACGUACUAGCUUCAGCAGCUAUAAGUCAUCCUAAACCACCAUCAAACUUUAAAGUGGGCAUCGAUCGUAUGAAGAAAUCUAUAGCAGUACAGUGUGACAGACGCACAAACUUAUCGAAAGAUAAAAGAAAAAACAGAUUCGCUGAAUCACCAAGUGACGAAGAAAAAAAACAAGAUGGCGCAAAAAGUGGAAGUGAAAAAGGGAUCACGCUGCUGGAGCAAAUUAUUCGCACACAUCCCAUUUGGUAUUUGCAGCAUAUUGGACGUUCCGCUGCCACCCAUUUGCUUCGCCCAAUGAAGGAAGGGGCCUUUAUUGUACGGUCAUCGUCAAAACCUAAUGCAAUGGCCUUAAGUAUUCGUUCACCUCCUGGCUUAGCAUCUGAUAUUGACCAUUACCUCAUCGAGUCAGCCGGUCCGGAUAGAAGCGUACGUGUAGAAUCGUCGCCUUAUUAUUUUAAAUCACUUCCUUUAUUAAUUGAACAUUACUGUUUGAACGGUGAAGAACUUCAAACGAAUCUUGUCUUACCGAUUGCAGUUACACGCUGUUGUACGAGCAUGCAAUUACAGAGUCUGGCACUGAUGGGUCAAGGUUAG